GAAGCGCUUUUGGACUACAGUACAGAUUGCGCUCUAUUUUAUUUCCGCAACAGCUGCCUCGACCCGAAUUUUGGAGGGUAAGCCUCAUAUGGGGGGACUAUGCUUUACCUAGCCCUUAGACACCGUAGAGAGGAAAUUGUUGAGGAACUGCUACGGGAUGGUCGAGUUGAUAUGCAUAGAAGAGACGAGGCCGAUAGGAUUCCUCUUCACUACGCAUGCGACAUGCUUGACCACGAAUCGACGGUCGGGCAGCUUUUCUCAAAGACCGAGAGAGUCAACGCCAGGGACAGGCGUGGCCAUACCCCGCUUCAUCUUCUGUCACAGAAAAAAGGUUCAUCGCAACGACAAAAAGGUUGUCGAGCUUAUUUAAUUGAAUUGUUUUUGCAGUCUGGCCGGAUCGACACUAAUGGAUUUGACCAAGAUGGCUGGACGCCCCUCCAUCACGCGUGUACCAUCUCCGACAACCCCGCCACCGUCAAAUUGCUUCUGAACUCGACCGCCUCAACCGAUGCAAGAGACAUGAAAGGCUUCACUCCAUUGCAUUACGCUGUUAGGGCGGGUUGUCUAGAUACUGUCAAGGUUUUACUUGAUUACGGCUCGGUAGAUAUUUUCAACAACUCAGUAGAUGGUGGAACGGUCGCCCAGUCCGCCUCCCAUUUGGGAGAUGGGACAUACUGGCACUGCUUUUUUGGAACAAGCCAACAAUCGAUCCAGCAUCUGGACACGGCCUCACUGAACUCCAUUUUGCGGCAUGGGGAUUGAACGCGCAAAAGGUCAAGUCCAUAGUUGCAAUACAUGACGAGAAUACCAACACCAGUGCCACGGAGAUCCUGGAUUGUUGGAACGAAUAUCUAGAGUACGACAUCAUGGCUACGAGCCGACCAGGAU